CCCCGCCCCCCUCGCCGCCAUUGGGUCAGUCAGUCACAACGGCCGGCCUCAAUGGCCGCCUGCCUGCAGCCGCCUGCAACUGCAGCAAGCAAAUAACGCUCUCCACAAACUGUGCCACGUGCUUGUGAGAGCUACGUACAAAAAUACCCUGACACAAAAAAAAAACCAGUCAAAUUAGAGCAAAUACUCAAAUGAAUUCAGUCUAGUUGGGCGCGAUGCGGAGCUGAAGGACAGCCAUGGCCUUGGUGCUCAGCCUCGAGGCAUCACAGAAGAAAUGAGGCACGUUUAUGUUUUCACCCAGAGCAGUCACCUUCCAGCUGCUUUUUCAACUUAACGUGCUGUGUGUGAAAAAUAUUUAAAGCUAAAUGCAACUGAACAUCGAGUCACAAAGCAAAAUAAUACCGUUUCAUUAUCAAUGUAAAAGCGGGAUUUUUUAAAAAUAUAUACUCCUGGUUGAGCAGGUUCUUGCAAUACCAUCGCACAAAAUUGAAGAAUUUUGCUUGUUUGCUGGGUAAGAACAGCUGAAGUGACACACCAUCAUUUUCCUGUACUGCAGCUGUGACUGUCAGAAAAGCCAGCAUUGGACAGAAAAAUAGAAAAUUACAAGUUCUGCAGGUUCAGAGAAAGCAACUUGUCAGUAAUACACUGUUUGUGAGCUCUUUGUUGCUAGGGAGCCAAAGGGAGCCAGCAGAUAGAGAGCAGUGAUCCUUCCCCUCUGCUCGGCACUGGUGAGGUGGUACUGGAGUGUGGGUCCAGUGCUGGGUCCCACAGAGACCAUCAUAAGAAGAUGAGGGUCCAUCACAGGGCCAUGAAGGCUUGAGGGGGAUGGAGCACCUCUCCUGUGAGGAGAUGGAGAGAGCUCGGGCUGUUGAGCAUGAAGAAGGCUCAGGCGGAUCUCAUCCUUGUCCAUAAUACCCGGAGGGAGGUGCAAAGGGGAUUCAGUCUCAUAAAGACAUCUCAGGUGACAAUACAGAGGAUACAAUGAACUCACAGGUUGUGUAUAAUUGCAGUCCAACAGACGUGCAGUUUUUCCACAGUACACUGCACACUGAAGAAGUGAUGUGAUUGAUUUCCCCAUUCAUAGUUGUAGCCUUGCAAUCAGCACAGACACUGAAAAUAACUGGAUUUUGUUGAAAGAUACUCAGAACUCUGGUUGCUGAUUAUAUUCAAUUCAAGGUACGUUCUGAUCCGAUGCUUUAGAACAGGUAUCAUGAAAGCUGAAAAGCCUGCAGCAGCUGGUCUAUUAUGUUUACUGACCCAUUCCCUAUCCCCAAAAUCUCACUAAAGCAAUAUAUUUUGUAACAGUAAUAAAAACGGUAGUUUAAAACAAUAGCUUUGGGUCACAUUAUAAUGAUAUAGACAAAGGGAAAAGAUCUUUCUAGGCUUCAGAUUAAAAGAGCAGCUAUCAGAAAGACCACAGGAGAUCACCAAGGAACUAAGUAUAACAAUAAAAAGCAGCUUAAUAUCUUGUUUUUCACAUUGACAUUUAUGUGUGUGCAUCCAGAUUUUUGCUCUUGUUGAGUGCAGAGUAAAUGGUGCUAUGGGCACAAAUAUAUAUAUUCUUUUAAUAAUUUUAUAUUUAGUACCAUGCCUUACCAUACUGAAUUAAUAUCUUAUAACACUUAGAAAUGUUUAUCCUCCCAAUCCAUUUGUGAACUGGCUGAUAGUGAUUACUCUUCUUUCAUAAGAGAAAAAAGCAUUAAGGCCUUUAGGAAUUACAUGUCCAGGCAGCACCAAGUGCCUUUCUUUAAAUUGCUUUUCCAAAGCAACUUAGUAUUCUUUGCAUACAGCAAGAAACUAAAUUAGAACAACUUGUUUCUACCCUAAUGCCCUAACCACAGCGCCCUUGGAUGCCCAGGUUAUUGUUUUUAUUACAGAUACAUUAAGUCAGAAUGAAAAGUGAGAUCAUGUACCAGUAAGCUAAGGUGAAAUCUGACUGUAAUGCUAUGAUUGCACAGAGUAUACCCUGUGUAUUUCUGCAAUAUUGAUAACUAUGAUUAGCAUUCGCUGGUAUGCAAAGUGCUUUGAACUUGGAAUGAAUAAAAAGACUGUUGAUAUAGAUGAAAAAUCAGUGGAGAACUUUGUUUUGCUAUCUAAGCACAUGACACUUCGGUGCUGGCCAGCAGGUUGAAAAUCCCUAAAUCACUGCUUGAGGUUGAAAAGUUCAUGAAGAGUAAAUGAACAGUAAUUUAAAAGGGCAAGUGCAGCUGUCAGCUUCUGUGUUUCCAUAUUUCUUGAAUAUCCACUUUUUCUUCCCAGGGGAAGCUUGCCUCAUCCAGCAAGAAAACCAAAUUACAAGGCAAUGACAGCAGUGCAGAGCUAAACCCACAGUGAUUUCUUUUUCAUUAACUAUUUUGUGGUUAUUUAUCAGAAACAUUCACACUCUGAUUAUAGCAUUAUUCUCCACGGGAUCGUUCAGAACAAGAAUUUGCAUGCCUUUGGCACCAUCCGAUCAGGACUUCUCCCAUCCAACACUGGCAGAUUUACAUAGAAUAUUUUCUGAGAGAGGUCUGUAUGCCACAUGUCAGGCGGUUCUUAACACAAUAUUAAUCCAGUGACUGUGACAAAAAACACACACCCAAAUUCUCCUUAAGCAGAAGGAAAAGAGCAAACUUAAGGUGAAUGAAAAGCCCUCUUUUAUGUGCAAGCACACUAAAUCCAUAAAACACAGAAGCGCUCUGAUGCAUUCAGUAGCAAUCACGAAUCAUUGUCUUUUAAAUUGGGAUCUCUGAGCUAGAUUACAGGGAAGAACUGCAGAAAAGCAUUUGAUGCUUGCAUGCUCUAUACCAAAUGCUGUCGUAAAGUUUUAGUAGACUUUAAUGCCGAUUAAUGCUCCAGAAAGUAAGAGAAAAUUCCAUCCAUCCAUUCUGCUCCUUUCUGCACACAACUUCUUUCCCAUUCCCAGGCCCACCUCUGGGGUGGUCAGUCUCUUCUGAGAUUUUAAUUAGGCUCUUGAAGGUCAGAAUGCUGCAUUUUGCUACACUGCACCCUGUAUGCUAUUAACAAUUAUCUGUGAUAUCUGAAUAGCAGGUUGUACAAAAAGGGUAGCUCCUUCUCCACGAAGAUAAUUCUGCAUUAAAAUCUAAGCUCUUCCUACACUGAAAACCCCAGUGUGACUUCCAAGUUUGUGUUAUUUUUAGACAUCUCUGUAGAUUUGUAAUUAAAUCUCUGGUGAAGCCAAUCUGUACCACUCUCUUCUUCCUUUCAUUAUGAACCCUUUCUCAUGAAUACAUGAAGAUUUUUUGAUGAACUGGGAUUCUUUUGUUUUCUGACUUUGUAGAAGUCCAUUUUGUUUUUCUUCUCAGCAUGAGAAUGAAUGCCUACAGAUUAUGCUGAUGUGGAAAUUAAAUCUCCUUGAGCUGAUAUAUUCUUGACAUUAGCUUUUCUAUCAUGACAGACUGGGCAUAAAAGGAUCAGGAGCUAGCAAGUCUAGCUUUUGUUUUCUGUAAAGUUAAGCCAGACAGAUUCUGCAGGGACCUCCACAUAUUCUCAUGACUAAAACAAAUUAUUUAGUAAUGUUCCUAAGAAUAAGCACGUCUAGAGCUUUGUGGCAUCAAGCUUAGGGAAAACAACUGUCCGGGAUGCAUGUCACAGACACACAUCCUGUGUGGUAGCAUUAUUCUGGGGCCACUUGGACCUACUCAGCUUAAGUGCUGCUGUUUUAUUCUGUGAUGCCCUUUGCUUUCCCUUGACAUUAACUGGAGGAGGGCGAUGGCAGGCUGGUUGAGAUGUGUGGUUGGCUCAGAUCUGAGAAGUGAGCUGAUGAACCAUCUGCUCAACGCGUGAUGCUUGUGGGGCCAAAUAAGUCUGCAAACAGUUGGAAAAACAGACAAGUUUGGAGUCCCAAUUAAGAUUCGUGCCCCAAAGCUCAUUUAUGUCUUAUUACUGGAUCAAUUAAUCUAAUGAAACAUUUCACCUUGUUCCGUGAGGCUUGUAUGGCUUCAGUCAUCCGAUAACAACAGCUGCUUAGUUUGUAGAAUGACACCAGCACUUUCACGUGUUACAAAUACACCCGGGGGAGGUAAGAGAUAAUAAAAGCUCGGAAUGAAGAUGUAGUCGCUUAACAGUGUAUUCCCGAGUGGAAAGACUAUUAUAAAUGUCAGCAAUGCACAUCCUUGUUUGGAUUUGCACAGCAAAACAUAGGCAGGAGUGAUGCUGAGGGGUGUGUGUAAAUAAACACGCUCUUUCCAGGAAUAUUUUCCUUCGAGCUCAUCCUGCUGCUGAAAGCAUACCUGAGAGCUUGUUGCCACCAGUGGGUCACACGUCGUGCCCGUGCCCAUGCCAGAAAAGAACAGAAAAUGACUGUGUAACGACUGGGCGUUACUUAACGUUCCCCUGGGGAGCCUGGGAUGAGUUCUGAGCAAGCAAGCAGCAGAACGAGGCUCCCUAUGGAGCGCCCGUGCGGAGCGCCCGGGAGCCGCGCUGCUGCUUGCGUGCCGCCGCCAGCGGGACCCGCCGUGCCGGCACCGAGCGGCACCGAACGGGCACGGGCAUCGCCUCCUCCCGCACCGCCCUUCCCGUCAGCGUGCAUCUCCUCCCGCGGUCCGACGGGCAGCAUGAGGGUGAGCCUGAGCGUCCUGUCGCUGCUCGUGGCUCUGGUGGGAGCCUCCAGCUUCGUCUUCCUCGUGGUGGCCAUCGCGACGGAUUUCUGGUACAUCAUCGAUGCCUCCCGCCUGGAGACGGAGGCCAACGGCACGGCCCCUCUCAGCUCGUACUCGGGGCUCUGGCGGACCUGCCGGCUUAGAAGCAAAUGCUACCCUUUGAUCAACCCCUUCUGGCAUGAGAAUGCAAACAUCACCGACUCACACCGACAGCUCUUAUACAUGCAUGGGACAUUUGUCAUCCUGAUGCCUCUGAGCCUGAUACUGAUGGUUUUUGGAGGAAUGACUGGAUUUAUCAGUAUUCUUGCCAGGGCAUAUCUACUGCUUCUAAUGACUGGUCUGCUUUUUCUUUUUGGAGCUCUGGUUACACUUACUGGGAUUGGUGUCUACCUUGCAUAUUCAGCUGCUGCCUUUGAAGAAGCUGUCUGCCUCCUGAGGAGUAAGGAUGUCCUGGUAGAAAUUGACAUCAGGUUUGGCUGGUCUCUGGCACUGGUCUGGAUCUCUUUUGUUGCAGAAGUGAUCACUGGGGCUGUGUUUCUCCUGGCAGCAAGACUUGUUGGCCUGAAACGGCAGCGUGAACAGGAGUUAUGAACAGCAGGUAUCAUUGCAACAACAGAAAACUCUGAAAUGUGGAUUCCUUGGUCUGUCUGGUCACUAGGGAGAAUAAAAGUGGCAAGACUGUGACUGAGUAACUUGCCAGCUGCCAUAAACUCUUCUCCUCACUACUGUCUACAAAAUACAAAGAUUCUGAUAAAUCAGUAACACAUUUCCAGUGUUGUCAAUAAGGAAACCUUUGUGACUUCAGAAGAAAUUAUGUAGCACUAUCAAUGUUUCUGAAACAAUUUCAGCUGGCAGCUCAUGCAGCAUCAAUACACAUUAUUUAGAAUUUUUUUGCUUUAUCUUCUUUCUGCUAUCCCUGGCUACCCUGCAGGACAGUUUGCAUGUCCACUUAGCUUUUGGUUUCCCUUCAGAUACUCCUGAUAUGUACGCUAGGAUUCCAGUCACGUUGUCAGCCUCUUCCACAUGUGAUAUAUGAUGCUUAUAUACCUGAAGCCAGGUACUGAGUGUGGAGACUACAUGUAUUCAAUUAAUAUUGCACAUUUAAUGUGGCUUUGUUGUUCAAAGUAAAAUCAAAUGUAAAGGUCCAGAAUAAGAACUUCAAAGUAUUUGGAGAAAUCUAGUGAUCAUCUCCAGCACUAGGGCAUGGCUAGGACAUCCAAUCCAUGUGCACCUUCCACAUUUAUAGGAUCCUUCUUUUUCCUAGUGCCUCCCUGAGGAGGCUAUUCUCUCUCUUCUACCACUAUCACUAUUUCUUUGUGACAACACACAAAAAGGUGAGUUUGAGAGACUGGAGAGCCCCAGAAGCCUACUUUAUGCCAGCUAUGUGUGUUGGCUAAGGAAAAACACAGCUUCAUGUUAUUUAUUCAAAAAUUACUUAAAGGCUGAAAACAAAGAAAUAAGUCAUUUUCUAAAACUGAGCUUUGGUGCUGUAAAAAGUAAUUUAAAAAAAAUGAAGGCCUAGAAACUGUGACUUAACACUAGUUAUCCUCCAGACAGCAUUGACUGUGGCUGUGAAGCUCUUAAGGGCAGUGAAAUGAUGAGUGUUCUAUUUCAAGAGAAAGUUACAGCUGCUUCUCUGGAUGUUUUAACAAAAGACUGCAGCCAGCCCACAUCUAUCUGAUGCUCAGGCUACUUACCCAUCUCUUCCAGCUUUUUAAUCAGUUGUUUCUUCAAUUCUAUAAUGCAGAAGAUGCAUCUAAUACAUUUCCCAGUUUUUACUUUGCAAACCUGAUGCUUUUAUUUCAUAAAAACAAUAACGUUUUUGUGCUAGAAUGUGUUGAAUUUGUGCUGGAAGCUUCUGAGUAAAACCAAGCACACAGGAUGCCUGAACUUCAUCUUAAGAACUAAGCAAUCUAGAUUUUCUUUAUUGUUUUUUCAUGUUGGUAAUAACAUUUAAGAGAAAAUUUACUUCAGUGCCCACUGCAGUUAGUGAAGAAGUUUUUUCUGAUUGCUGUGGCCCAGGGUAAAGACCUGAAUGUACUCUCAGCUCCACUACAGAUCCAGAUCAUGGUCAACUUCUGCAUCUUAUGGUUCAAGACUGUGACUCAGGAACGGCACCAGCUGGGCACACUUUCAGUGAGCAAGUUCCUUGUGCUUCCUUCAGGAGAGAAAGGGCAUCACUUACCUACUUCUGUUCAACACUGGGACAAUUUUAUCAUUGUCUUUUGUUAAAAAUUGUGCCUUUGUGCUCUGAUCCUAGUUCCACAGUACCAAGUUUCUUAUGGAAAACGAUGGCAGAGAGCUUGCAGUCUUUGAAUAUAAAAGAAAAUGUUACUACCAUGCUCUGAAUGGAGAACUGAGGCAGAAAAACUGCCAAAGUCCAAUGAAACCAGAGCUUCUGAUUCCCAAUCUAAAAUCUUGGUUGUCAGAUCUUUCUUAUUAUCAGAAUGAAACAAGGUUAGAAAUCCCAAACAGGCCGAGCAGCAGAAGCUCUGUUAAUAGCCAGCACCAUUUCUACUUCCCCAUUUCUUCCACACUGGUUGUCACACAUUUUCCAUGACGCCUUGUGCUGGGACUGUGUAAUGGAGUCAUUUUACAAGUUAAAGCUGACUAAAGCAGCUCUAUAAGAAGAUUAAAGAAAAAUCCUUUAUAGUGAAUAUUCCACAUGUUUAAAUGAAUUAUGUAAGAUGUAAUACUUCAGUGUUUUGGUGCUGGUGAAGUUAUUUAAUAUAAUAUGACCCGUGUAACAUUAGUCACACAUUACUGUAAGUCAUAAUAGUAACCUAUCAUCCAAGUUAUUAGUGAAUGUUUAUCACAGAUGUUGUUUUACAGUGCUUUUGAACUGUGUAGAACUAAAUAAAAUGACACAUCUGAGCUAGGAGAUAUUCGAAAAGGCACUUCUUAAUGGAAGAACUAAGAAAUAACUUUUAACUCCUUCUGCAGAUCUAUUUGACAGUUUACAAGAUGCUUUUGAUGUACCUGUGUUGCACAUGGUAGAUAUUUAUAAAAUACUUACGCAGCUACAAUGUACAAUUCAACCUAAUUAGAAAGCCAACAAAUAUGUUAUUGAAUUAAAGCAAUUCUCAUUUCCAUGGCUUUCCUAGAUUUCUCAUUCUGUCUUCCUGCAAUAUCUGGCACAAUGGCAAUAAAGAGUAUCUUCUGCUCCUGAAUAUUUCUUCAGUCCCUGAAUUUC